AUGGCCGACCACCUCUUCGUGUUCGCCAACAACAAGGCCGGCAUGGACGGCGUCGACCGCUCCAAGGUCAACGAGACCAUCUACGAGCUCUCCAAGGACUCGGCCUUUUUCAAAAACUCGCUCGAGAAAGACGCCAAGACCGACGCGCGCAUCGCCGAGCUGC